AUGCGAGGUCCGCCUCCACUUCCGGUGCUGCCCCCUGGUGGUAUUGUCUUGAAAAAGAGGUCGGGCGGCUUCAGCCACAGUCGCUCGCGCUCGUUCAAGAAAGGUACCUGGAUGAGCGAGACACUUGCACCACUCGAACGCUUCAUCGAGGAUGUCGACCCUCACGAGCUCUUCACAGACCUGCAGGAGAUUGCGGAGGGCGAAUCUGGCUCGGUGUAUGCUGCACGGCUUCUCUGUCUUCCUUCAUACCUUCGCCUGCCCGCCGACACGACUCACGUCGCCAUUAAGCGCAUCGUGGUCCCCAAUAGCCCGACAUCCGAUACGCCGGCGGCCAACAAGAUCAAGGACCUUGGUAAGGAGCUCGCGCUGCUCGCGGAUGUCCGACACGAGAAUGUCCUCGAAAUGGCGAACGCGUAUGUGGACAUUGCCGAAGACUCGUUGUGGAUACGGAUGGAGCUCAUGGAGCGCAGUCUCGCGGACGUGAUUGGUCUUGUCUGCGAGGGGCUGUCCUUGCAGGAGCGGAUGAUUGCGCGGUUUGCUAGCGAUGUUCUCCAUGCUCUGGAGUAUCUCCAGCAGCGCCAGAUUGCCCAUCGUGAUGUGCGGUCGGAUAACUUACUCCUGAAUGCUCAGGGGAUUGUUAAACUUGCGGAUUUCUCCAGUGCUAUCAAGAUGCCCCGCAACUCUCCGACGUGCACCGGUGCUGUCGGUGUUAUCUACUGGCAAGCACCCGAGAUGCGAAAUGGCUCCUACAACGCGUUCAAGGUCGACGUCUGGUCACUUGGCGCUACAGUUUGGGAACUCGCGGAGACGGAGCCUCCGUUCGCCGAGGCGCAGAAUCCUAACGAUAUCGGUACACAAUGGCCUCCUCUCAGCCAGCCCCAGUUAUACUCCAAAUCGUUCCACGAAUUCUUGCGUAUGUGCCAGAGACAAUCCUCUGCGAGACCUAACCCGAAUGAACUCCUUAACACACCAUUCAUUCGCAACGCGUGCGGUCGCGCCGUCAAUGUCCACCUUUUAUCUCAAUGCAGGGCUAUCGAGGAGCAGGUCUUCCUCCGGGAAAACGAACAGGACGAGGAAGAUGAGCAGGAAGAGCAGGAAGCGAGCGAGUCUGAAGAAGAGGAGGCCGGAGAAGCGUCGUAA